UAGGCUGAUGUGUGCAGCUACCACUUUGGAUCUGUACCGCUGCUUCCCUCGGCAAGAGGCACCAGCAGGCUGAGCACUGAGACCUGCUCUCUGGGAUGGAGCAUAUACCCCUGCAAGACAUGAAGGGCUUCCUGUUCCUCACACUCCUCCUGAUGCCGGUGCACGCUGGAGCUGCUUGGAGUGCGAAAUACGCAGUAGAUUGUCCCGAUGCCUGUGACAGUAACGCAUGCAAAAGUACUGCGCGCUGUAAGCGAACGGUGCUGGAUGACUGUGGCUGCUGCAGAGUGUGUGCAGCUGCUCUGGGGGAGACUUGCUAUCGUACUGUCUCGGGUAUGGAUGGUGUCAAGUGUGGUCCCGGGCUGAAGUGCCAGUUUUACACUGAGGAGGAUGACUUUGGUGAUGAAUUUGGUAUCUGCAAAGAGUGUCCCUAUGGUAGCUAUGGAAUGGAAUGCAGGAAAACCUGCAACUGUCCCUCUGGCAUCUGUGACAGAGUAACAGGGAAGUGUUUGAAGUUCCCAUUUUUUCAACUGUCUGCUUCAAAGCCUCCAAAUCGAAGAAAAAUGUCUUCACAUGCAGACAGUGACAUGGCAUCUGGGGAUGGAAAUUCUGUAAAAGAGGAAUUCGUUAAAGAGAAAGUUAUUCGCUCUCCAGUAAUGAAAUGGCUAAAUCCUCGCUGAUAUUUACCUACACUUGUAAGACUUUCAAGUGAAUGCAUUUCUCACAGAUUAUUGGAUAUGCAACAACACACUUUAAAAACAAAGUAGGUCUAUAAUGUAUGAAUAUGUAAUCUUUGAAGCUCAAAUGUGACCUGCUUUUAAUGAGAAAAAUGUUUACUUAAAAAUAGACUGUACAGUGUAUAUGACUUUUGAUAUUUGUUUUGAUAAGUAUUUGAACAGAGAAAUGUAUUGUGGCUUUUUGAAUGUAUAGUAAUACUGAAAACCCAACAUAAUCAUUUAAAUAAUGCCAGAGGUUGACUCUUGACAGCCUGAGGCUGGAAAAACUCUCACUGAAUGAAGGGGACAGUUUGGGUGAGUGAUACUAUUGAUGUGGAACCAUCAUGAAAGAAACACAUAUAAAAAACACCUCAGAUUGAAGGUGUACCCUUGUUCAGUAACAAUAAUAACAACAAAAGCACAACAGUGUAAAUUAAAUAAACCAACGUUAGUUGUUAACAAUUUUGUUGUUUUUGGAAGUUUGGUGACAAUUCAUCGGAGACAAAUAUGCCUUUCUUCAGAGAGAAAACACCCAGCAUUUCAGUUUAUACAUUGUGAAUAACUUCGGCAAGACACUGCAGACAUAUAUUGUAUUUAGUUGAAUUUCUAAAGUUAAAUUUUGUACAGAGAAACAGCAGAUUGGUAAAUUCUACCGAUUUGUAGAAGGGGAUCUGAAACAAAAGAAGCUGCUUAUCAUUAUUUAAAUAUAUAUGUUUCUAUAUGCCAGAUAGUUGGUGUCAUUAAGGUGACAUCUGCAUUUCUUUGGGAAGAGUGGUGAGAGGCCAGCAAAGGGACCUUCAUGCUUUCCAUCUUCACUGCUGGCUAUGGCCCAGAUGUGACUCACAAGGAAUUUAUUUGAUUCAGGGAAGACUUGGACCCUCAGCAAGUGAUAGUGCAGCCACAGACUCUACAGUAUUUUGGUACCCAGUCCUUUGUCUCUCAAUUGCAUGAGCAAGUGGUCCCAUUUCAGCCAGGAGAAAAACUUCCACAUGUUAGAGUGUUGCAGGAAUGGGCAAUCCCACAUUCAGUCUAAGCUGGAUGAUAUACAUGUAAAUCAAAAAUCAUCACUGAGAAAGACUUGUUAAUAUGUCUGAAAACAACCAAAUCCACAGAUAAUGAAAAUUGACUUGUCAGAGUGAACCUGGAUGCCAUGAGUUUAGGAAUGGCCUUUUAACACAGAGCACUCUCAUUGGAGGUGUGGCUUGAUUUUAACAUUUCCUUUGAAAUCAGCCUGAACUUUGACAACGACUGCAACGAAAGAAGGGACACACAGUAGAGCACCCAUAGUUCAGGAUCUAAAGCAUUCUUUCAAAACUAUGAACUACUGAAAUUCCCAUGCCCUUCAAGGGAUCCAAAGUCAGUAUCUGUGAAAACAGGAUGCAUUCACCUGGGAAAGCAGACACGAAUUAUGCUCAUCUGCAACAAGAGGAUGAUGACAUCAAUAGACAUUCAAAUGCCAGGAUGAAGGUGCAGGUUCUCUUGCCAUGAAAAUUGGAGACAUACAAACAUAAAUCUCAAACUAGCAUAACACUACAUUUUAACCUGUAUUGAAUGUUAGGGUCUGAGAGGGAAUAAUGUUACCCUGGGCUAUUUGCUAGCAAGUGAAUUGAUUCUAAUCUACUGAUACAAAAAAUAAUUUUUUUCUUGAUUUCAGUGAGAGCAGGAUCAAACCCAUGGUCUUCCAGCAGACUGAUGAGAAAUAUUGAAAGAAUGUAGUAAAUACUGCAUCCAUUAUUAAUACUUUGCAAUAGUGUCAUAAAUGACAUUACAAGUUCUUGAAUGUAAAUCAGAUAAGUCAGUUGGUUUUAAAGAGUGUAAUAUUAUUAUUGUUCAAUAAAAGAAAAACAACUGAAAGCA